AAAUCCGUAUCGGAGAAGACAAUCACGGGCGGAAACCAAUGGCGAUGCUUCUAAGAAGAGUUGCCGUCGGCAUUACGAAACCCAAUGUUUCUCCGGUGAACGGGCGGUUCCUCCUCCGUAACACGGCGUCUUCUGCGGGCGGCUCCACGGCGGAGGAAAGGGAGGCUCGAGCUACUUGGAUUAAGCCGCUGAACCUUCCGAUCGAGGUCGUUGCUCCGGAAGUGGCGGAAAUCAUCGAGCUUGAGAAAGCUCGUCAGUUCCAGGGUCUUGAGCUUAUACCUUCUGAGAAUUUCUGCGCAAGAGCAGUGAUGGAAGCCGUCGGUUCGAUUAUGACCAAUUCAUACAGUGAAGGAUAUCCCGGUGCCAGAUACUAUGGAGGAAUUGAGUACGCUGACAUCAUCGAAAAUUUGUGCAAGGAACGUGCCCUAGAAGCCUUUCGAUUGGACCCUGCAAAAUGGGGAGUUAACGUGCAGACUUUCACUGGAUCUAUAGCUAAUUUUCUGACAUAUACUGCAUUGUUAAAACCACACGAGAGAAUUAUGUCUCUUGAUUUACCACAUGGUGGACACCUUUCCCAUGGUUAUCAGACGGCUACCAAGAAAAUUUCACUUGUUUCAGUAUUCUUCGAGACAAUGCCAUAUAGGCUGGAUGAGAGCACGGGUUACAUUGAUUAUGAUGGGAUGGAGAGAAGUGCAUCUUUGUUUCGACCAAAACUCGUUGUUGCGGGUGCAACUGCCUAUGCUCGUUUGUUUGAUUAUGCACGAAUUCGAAAGAUCUGUGACAAACAUAAGGCAAUCAUGUUGGCAGACAUGGCACACCUAGCUGGUUUAGUUGCGGCAGAUGUUAUUCCAUCUCCUUUUGAAUAUGCUGAUAUUGUGACAACAACCACAAAUAAGUCCUUACGUGGUCCACGAGGGGCUCUGAUUUUCUAUCGAAAGGGCGUUAAAGAGAUCAACAAAAAAGGAGAGGAAGUGCUCUAUGACUAUGAAGACAAAAUUAAUAGCGCUGUCUUUCCUGGUUUUCAAGGUUCCCCACACAACCAUAAAAUAGCUGGUCUGGUGAUUGCACUAAAGCAGGCCACAACUCCGGAAUACAAAGCCUACCAACAACAGGUUCUCAAUAAUUCUUCAAGAUUUGCUCAGUGUUUGAUUGAGAAGGGCUAUGAACUUGUAUCUGGUGGAACUGAUAAUCAUUUACUCCUCAUAAAUUUGAAAAAUAAGGGUAUUGAUGGGUCAAGAGUGGAGAAGGUUUUGGAUUGGGUGCACAUUGCAGCUAACAAGAACACAGUACCGGGGGACGUGUCUGCCAUGGUUCCUGGUGGCAUCCGUAUGGGAACCCCUGCUCUUACUUCAAGAGGCUUCCUCGAAGCAGAUUUUGUGAAAGUAGCUGAAUUCUUUGAUGAAGCUUUGAAGUUAGCCUUAAAAAUUAAGGCUGCUGAGCCUAAAGGUGCUAAGUUGAAGGAUUUCGAGGCAACCGUGCAAUCAAAUAAAGAAUUUUAAUAUGAAAUCUCAAAGCUUCGACAUGAGGUCGAGAAGUUCUCCAAGCAAUUUGCAAUCGUAGGUUUUGAGAAAGAGACGAUGAAAUAUAGAGAGUGAAGAACCAAGUUGUACGAUGAAAUAUAGAGAGUGAAGAACCAAGUUGUACCGAACCUUUUUAUAAGAACUUAGUGGGAGUUGGUUAGCCACUUACAUGCAUAAAUAAAUGUCUCAUUGGCCUCAGGUUGUUA